GAAAUGCAACCUCCAACUUCACUGCAAUGGAUCUCCCAUAUUUCCUACGGUCUAUUUCCACGGUCUACUCCUAGGAUGACUAGAACGAAGCACUGUCUGAUUCUCGAGGCCUCUAACCGUCAAAAUGGGUGGUGGCGCUCAAUUCCCUAGUUACCAUCCGCAAGAGCCAACCGACAACAAAAGCUCGCAAUGGCAGGAACCAGGAGAAAAGCGAUAUCUUCACGGGAUAGUGGAUAUGGGCAGUAACGGAAUCCGAUGCUCGAUUACAGACCUCUCACCACCAACCACCCGUAUCCUGCCAACUGUUUAUUCGCAACGGUUCAACAUCUCACUCUACGAUGCGCAAUAUGACUCAGAGACUGGGAAGCAGAUUCCAAUACCGAAGAAGGUUAUCAAUGCGGUCGUUGCAGGUAUACUUCGCUUCCAGAUUGUCUGUCUGGAAGUGGGUGUCCCGGCGAGUCAGAUGCUGAUUAUUGCGACUGAGGCUACGCGGAAGGCGAUUAACUCGGAGGAGUUCAUAAAGACCAUCCAGGACAGGACACACGUCAAAGUUCGAAUGCUGCCGAAGGAUGAGGAGGGUGUGGUUGGUGCUUGGGGAAUUGCGAGCGGAUAUUCUGAUAUUGAGGGAUUGGCGAUUGAUCUCGGGGGUGGAAGUAUGCAAAUGACAUGGAUUAUUUCGCAUGGUGGAGACGUGCAUAUCAGUCGCAAGGGGUCUAUUAGUUUUCCGUACGGUGCGGCUGCUUUGACGCAGAAGUUGGAAGCUCUGACGAAGGAUAAAGAUGAGGAUGAGGCAUGCAAGGCGAAGGAGAAAUUCCGCCAGGAGAUGACUAGUCAGUUUCGUCGCGCGUGGGAGGAUCUAGAGAUUCCUAAGCACCUAGUCGACAAGGCGAAGAAAGAGGGAGGCUUCCAGCUUUACCUCUCUGGGGGAGGAUUCCGGGGAUGGGGCUACCUUCUUCUCUAUCUUCAUCAAGUCCGAGGCGAGUAUUACCCCAUUUCGAUCAUCAAUGGAUACUCCGCUGGGAAGAAGGACUUUGAGAACACAGAGGUAUUGAAGAAGGUUGCUAAGACUGCAAACGAUAUCUUCCGUGUCUCGGAUCGACGCCGAAAACAAGUCCCCUCGGUCGCAUUCCUCGUGAACGUGCUCGCGAAGGCUAUUCCUCACGGGAUUAAAGAAGCUCAUUUCUGCCAGGGAGGGGUUCGAGAGGGUGCUUUAUAUCGCAAGAUCCUGCCUGUUAUCCGCCAGCAGGACCCGUUGCAGGUUGCGACCAUGGAUUUCGCCCGCGGAUCGGCCCAAGCGAUGGCCCUCAUGGCAUUCUCUUCCAUUCCUCGUCCAACACAGGAGAGGUCAUUUCCUCAUUCUAUCAGUCCACAUGUUAUUCAGGCCUUUGCCAAUAUUCUUUAUGCGCAUUCUACUAUGUCUAAAGAGACAGCGGCCACAGCCGCGCUGUACAGCACCAGCACCGGCGUCCUGGCGGAAGCGCAUGGUAUACCGCAUUCCGAUCGCGCUCGCCUGGCGUUGAUGCUGCAGGAGAGGUACGGUGGCGAGUUACCACCUCGUGAGAUCGACUUUAAGAAGAGCCUACGGUCGCUUCUCACACCGGAGGAAGUCUGGUGGACGCGGUAUCUAGGGAAACUGGGUCUCGUCAUCAGCCGCGUGUAUCCCACGGGUGUCAUUGACCCAUCCAGGCCUCGCGCACUACCGAGAGCACGCUGGGCAAAUAAUCUGGGGAAGAAAAAAAACAAGAAAGGACUUGAAUUGAAAGUCUCUCUCCAGAAGGUAGGGUUUGACCCCACCAGGUUAAAGCAAGAGUUAGAAGCAGACCUGAAGAAGCUGCGGAAGGUCGGGAAAAGGAAGCACUGGAUUGGGGGUAGGGAUGGAUGGGGGAUGAAAGUCGAAGUCAUUCUAGAGGAGGAAGACCUGCUUUAACGGUGAUCUUACGAGAAAAGGAAUAUCUUAUACGGACUGGUUUUAUUGGCGCACGC